AUGUCAAGUAAUUUGCCAGGCAAAUGUCCUUUGUGUCUUAAACCGGUUCUAAUCAGAAGCUUUAAACGUCAUUGUAACAGUUUUCAUACCAGUAUUGAUACUGAUCAAAAAUUGCAAAAGCAAAUAUGCAAAUUAAAAGAAAAUAUUAUCAAAAAUAAUAACAAUGAGAACAUUUUACGGCAAACAGCAACAAAUGAUCUUCCAAUUCAGCGAUCAACAUCAAAUGAAUUUUCACCACCACCAUCAAAACGUGUACGAAGAGAAUCAGCAAAUGAAAUAGAAAAUAUAUCAUCGAUUUACGGUAAUGAAAGUAUUUUAAAUACAGCUGACAACAAAAAAAUAUUAAACUGUUCAGAAAGUGUUGAUCCAAACAUUAGUACAAAACAUUUUGUAAUUGAAACAAGUACAUAUUUAACAGCACUGAGAGAAUCGAUCACCGAUUUAUUAAUUAAAUGUGAUCAGACGCUUGAACAAAUACCAUCGUCAUUACUGACAACAACUGAAAUGAUAAAGUCAUCAGAAAUAUCCAUAUCUCGUGAUCCAUCAACAAGAAAAAUUCAUAAUGAAGUGGAGUUACGAUAUUUAGUUAAUGAAGGACCAUACCAACCAAUAUUAAAGCAUUAUCCGGACAAUGAAGUAUUAAAAAAAAAUAAUCAAACAUGUCACUUUACUUCAAAAUGGUAUCAAGAAUUUCCAUUGAUUGAAUAUAGUCCGACCAAGGAUUCAAUUUAUUGCUUCUGUUGUCG